UCAAGCGGACGGUUGUCAUUGAAUGCGAAGAAGAACAUAUAGGGAGGAAAAACACACAUUUAAAUAUUUAUAAGCAAAGGAUAACACUACACUGCUUGUGUACGCGUGUGUUCGUGAAGCAAAGUGUGAGCAUUCGUGCCGCACAACCAGAAACAGCAGCAACAAGAGUGCAGUGCGAGUGAUUGAUUUAAGCUGCUAGAAAUUUAAAUAAUUAUUUAAUGCAUGAAAGAAAUCUAAAAAAAAUCCAUUGUUUAACAAAAUUCAAUAGAAGUUUUAACAACAUUAGUAAGUGUGAGUGUUUGAUGGCAACCUUUUUUACUGUGCCACUCCAAGUAAAUAAAGAAGUGAAAUAACUAUCAAAACAAUUCGUUCGUUAAAAAGGCCCAUUGUUAAGGCAACAAUUCAGUGCAAAAUGUUUGCAGUUUUCACCGGUAAACUGGGGCUAAUUAUGCCCAUUAUUAUUUUACAACUCUUAAUAACGUCCGGUUAUGCCGGUUGGUCAGAAGCCAGUAUUGUCAUCGACAUGAAUAACAUGUUGCGCGAUACCUCGACGGAAGUGAACACAAUGCCCUCAACAAUAUCCUCGAUGGCAUCAGCCACAUCGUCCUCAUCCUCCCAUAGACAAAUGACGGAGAAUAUUUUGCGUAGCGAUCAGAAGGAACACAGUGUUAGUGCUGAAAAGGAUGCCCUGUACAGUGGCUACAAUGAGCCAAGUGCUGAGCUGUUACGCUUUGUCAAUGACAAUGAAGCUGGCAAUUCCGACGAGUAUGCGAAUGCGGAUAGUGGCUUCAGCGGCAGCAGCAGCAGUGAUAGUGUUGACAAUGAAAUCCAUUUGGCUUCUCGUCAAAGUCGCAACACCAAUGACAUCAAUAACGAGGAUGACAAUAACGAUUACAUGCAGUCGUUAUCCUUAAGAGAUCAAGUUCGACUACUAUCGAAACAAUUGAAUGUUUUAAUGAAUCGUCGUCGUGAGGAUUACGAAUUGUUGGAGCGUAAUUUACGAAAAUCUCUAAGGACUCAAUGGCAGGAUAAAUCCCCAAAAUCGAAAACGAAGCACUCUGUGGUGGCCACACAAUCACAGAACGUUGAAGCGGAUGAUGAGGACAACAAUGGCCCAGUGCCACAGAACAAUGGCAAUGAUUUGGAUUUACGCAAUGAAUUGGAAGCUCUGAGACAAGAAGUUCAAGAAUUACGCAAUGGCCAAACGGCGAGUUCCUCGGGCAACAAGGAACGCCUUACCAUCGAAUGGCUGCAACAAUCUGUGUCUGAGCUGCGAAAACAACUUGUGGAAUUGCAACAAAUUGCCAGCAAUGCCAUGCGAGAUGUGGCAACACGCACCCAAAGUUGGGAGGAUUUAACCACCAUUCGUAGUGAUUUCCAACAACUUAAGCUGGAAUUAGCCGCCCUCAAGGAGCACCAACAGCAGACCGAUGUCUAUGUGCAGGAGUUGCGUGAGGAAACCCAACAACAGGAGGAGGAUUAUAAACGCCUGGCGAUGCAUAACAAACAAAUUCUCAACAAUGUGACCAAAGAUAAGGCAAGUGUAGCCAAUAAGGAGAACAUGGAGCAAAAUAUUGAGUUAAGUUCCCUGUCAUCGUCUGCAACAACUGCAUCUGUCGAUCUGUUGGCCGACCACAAAAGACGUCACCUCCGCUUUCAGCGUCAACAAUUGCAUGAACUUCAAUUGUCGCAACGUCAACUGAGGCGUCAGUUCAACGAAUUGAAAUAUCAUCGCAUUGGUGAACGUGUGCGCAGCAUUGAAAUCGAACAGCAUCGCAUAGCGGAUGCCAACUUCAAUCUAUCGCGGCAAAUUGCUUCCUUGGAUAAGUUACACUCCUCCAUGCUGGAGCUGCUCGAAGACGUUGAGAAUGUCCAAAUGAAAGUUGAUAAAAAUCUACCCGAAUUACGUCACGAAAUUUCAAAAUUGGAAUUUGGCCAUGCCCAGCUCAUGUCCGAGCAAAAUCUGGUGCGCGAAGAGGGAAAGAAUGUGGCACGCUCACUGCAGGCAAUGGCAGUCAGUGUCAGUACUUUGCAGGACGAACGUGAUGGUGUGCGUCGAAUGCAAUCAAGCGUGGGUGAAAUGCGUACCCAAUUGGAUCGUUUGCAAACAAUGGUCGACGAUGUGCAAAGAGCUCUGCAACAUCGUCAGCAUCGUGGCGCUCCAGUUAAUAAGAAAUUCCUGCAUCAUCGUGACAAUAAAUCAUCAACGAUGACCAGCAAUGUGCAUGGGGAGGAGGAGAACGCUACACAAACUGCCCAGUCAUUGGUGGCAAAAUUGGAAAAUGUCGAACAACAAUUUGAAUCAAUUAUAGCCAAGCUGCCCAAGGACUGCAGUGAGGUGACACCGAGUGAGGAUGCCCCAACUAAUGAUGGCCUGUAUAUGAUAGCGCCGACCGGUGACCAUCAUCCACAGAUGGCCCACUGCACUGCAGAUGGCUGGACUAGUAUACAGAGACGCUACGAUGGCAGUGCCGACUUCAAUCGCUCAUGGGAGGACUAUGCCAAUGGUUUCGGCUCACCGGCCGGUGAAUUCUGGAUAGGCAAUGAACAAUUGCAUCAUUUGACCUUAAACAAUUGCACUCAGUUGCGCGUACUCAUGCAAGACAUCUACGACAAUGUGUGGCUGGCCGAGUAUGGUCAAUUUUACAUAUCGUCGCGCUCCGAUGGUUAUCGCUUGCAUAUUGGUGGCUAUAGUGGCAAUGCCUCGGAUGCAUUGGACUAUCAGCAGGGUAUGCAAUUUUCGGCCAUCGAUGUGGAUCGCGAUAUAUCACAAACGCACUGUGCUGCUAACUAUGAGGGUGGGUGGUGGUUCUCCCAUUGUCAGCAUGCCAAUCUGAAUGGACGCUACAAUCUGGGCCUGACAUGGUUUGAUGCGCAGCGCAAUGAAUGGAUUGCCGUUAAAUCCAGUCAAAUGAUGAUCAAACGUCAGUCACAUGAGACAUGUAAUUAUGUGAGGGGUUUGGCGGCAGCCACUUCUACUGCGACGACAUCCACAGUCUCAGCAACGACGACUGCAACGGCGACAGCGACAAUAAAUUCUAACAAGUCGAUACCCUUAUUGAUGAAUAGCUUAAGACCGAGUAGUGACUAUUCAUCGGAGUCCGUGUAGAAGAUGAAUAUGUUCCUAACCCAUACGUGAGAUACUAUGCACACCCUAACCCCUACCACCCCACCCCCCCCCUCUUCCAAAACAUAUCUCCCCACCCAAAAAUACCUGCCUCCUCGUUGUCUUAAGUUAUUUACAUAUUAAGGGCAUUUUUUACACAGAAAAUGAGCAUAAGCAGUAUAAAUGUCGUAAAACUUGUUAGAGUUAGAACCACCAAAGCCAUACCUUACUAUAGUUCGCGGUACCGUACGAUUGUGUAGUACAUACAUAGGUGAGCCUAUCGACAUGCAUAUGUAUGUGCGAAGCAAAACGAAACCACAGACGGGGUAGGAGUAAAUGGACCCAUACUGGCAAAUGUGACCAAGGUUAUUCCUAUCCCGUCUGCCUUUUCAUAUGUAUUGUCCACAAAACACUCACCAAAAUAAACACACACGCACACAUAUUCACAGCUCUUUGUAUAUAAAGAUUUAUAAAAAAAACAACAGUUUAGUGUUUUUUUUUUGUUUUUUUUUUUUAUUAUUAUUAUUUUUAAUCUCUUAUUGUUUUAUUUUCAUUUGCAUAGAGGAAAUGAAUAAAAAAAAAAAGAAUAUAAACUAAAUCCACCAAGGAUAUACAUAAAUGUAUGUAUUUUUUACAUUUUUUAACAAUAAGCCAACAAUAACCAUAAGCGUCCAUUAACAGUCAAUAAUGCCAUCGUCAGCAACAGCAUUCGCAUCCGCCUCAUGAUAACACCCACACACACACACAUCAACCGUCAUCAUCAUCAUCUACAUCAACAUUAUGAUUAGUCGUAGGAGUAUUUGUAAGAAUGCUUAUCAAAUAAGUGCUUUGUUAAAUUCGUAUCCUUCUUUUAUUGUUUUGACAAUUUGAAAGCAACAGCAGACAACAAAUUAAUGGAAUUCUCAAAAUGCACACCAGCUACCAGGUUAGUCUGUGCGCGUGAGCGACAAUGCCAUUAAACAUUCAACAUAACCACUCAUUUCAAUACAUCAAUAAUUUUCCUAAUUCAUAAUAUGUGAGUGAAAUUUGUUUGAGCACCAUGUGGUAUGAGUUAUUUGAAUUUUAAAUUACCCAUACUACCAUGGGUUUGCUUUGCGAAGGGCAAAUAAUUUGAUAGAGACAAAGAAGCAUUUUUGUACAAUGUAAUCCCUUGGUAUUACAAAUAAAUUGUUUUUCACAAUUUAUUGGCUUCUACGUUUAAAGGGUUAUUAAAUAAGAGCUAUGGAUAUUUCAACUUAUGUAUAGUCAACAGGAAGUAGAAUACUCAGAGGUUUUAGUUAUUAUCAGUUCGAAAUUGGUUUCUUUAAAAUUUAAAGUAAUAUAUUUUGAGAUAGUUGCAUUGUUGCAAAGAACGCACAGGGUUAUAACUUGUUUAAAACACCUACAAGGAAGAGAUAUCUUAUAUAAAAAUGAAUUUGUGUUCGUUUGUUUGUUCCGUAUAGACUCAAAAAUGGCUUAACCGAUUACCUUGAAAUUUUCACAGAUUGUGUAAGUUGGUCUGUAAGGAAACAUAUGCUAUAUAAUUUUUUGAUAGCGGGAGGAGGCGGACCCUUCCCUUACCCCAAAAGUGCCACCAAAAAAUAAAAGUGUACCGAUCAGUACAAUAUGGGAUUCAAAUGAAAGGUAUUCAGGAGUAGAAUACGAAUUUCAUAUUACAAAUUGGGUCUUAACAACUGGGGGCCGCCCCAACUCCAAAAUCCCCUAAAAUAGAUUCAUUGGACGAGUAUGACAAUAUCGAACUCAAAUGAAAGGUAUUAGGGAGACGAUUACGAAUAUGGUCAGGAAAAAGAAAUAUGCUUUAUAAUUUGUUGAUGUCGGAAGUAGCGGACCAAUAAAGACAAUAUGGAUAUCAAAUGAAAGGUAAUGAUGAAUAUGGUACUUAAAAUUGGGUCCAAGUACCCAGAAAGUCACCCUAACCCUAAUCUGACUAAAAUCUGACAAAUUGAACAUAAUUUCAAUAUGGGGCUCAAAUGAAAGAUAUUCGGGAGUAGAUUACAAAUCUGGUAUACAAAAUCAGAUCGAAGUAUGGGGGUCACGCCACUCCCCAAAAAUACCCCAAAUGGGCAUCUGAACCCAUGGUGACUAUAUGGGACACGGUUUGUUUGUUUGUUCCAUGGAAUCAAAAACGGCUGAAUAGGUUUUCUCUUUAUUUUUGCAGAUUGUGUAGGUUGGUCUGGAAGAAACAUUACCCCAAAAACGCCACCCAAAUCCAAAAGUCCAACGCUAGGCGCAAUAUGGGUAUCGUAUUAAAAUUUGGGUCCAAAUACCCCAAAACUCCUCUAAACAGAUAUAUUAGACGUUCACGUUAAUAUAAGACUCAAAUAAAUCGGCAGUAAAUUACAAAUAUGGCACAAAAAAUUAGGUCUAGGUAAUGGGCCGCCCCAACCCCAAAACUCCUCUAAACAGAUAUAUUAGACGUUCACGUCAAUAUAAGACUCAAAUGAAUCGGCAGUAGAUAUGGCUUAACCGACUAUGGUAAUAUGGAGCUCAAAUCCACAGCAUUUGAAAUAAAGAACGAAUUUGAUAUCCAUUUUCAGGGCAAAGUUUCGGUGGUCGCCCCAGCCCCAAAACACCCACCAAACGGUUCAUAUUUACCUACCGUGGCAAUAUGGGGCUCAAGUUAAAGGGAUUUGGGAGUGGAUCACGAAUUUGAUAUCCAUAUUUGAGUCGAAUUAAUUCUCAUUCUUUUCGGUAAAUUUACACUCAUUUUCGGGACAAAGACCCUGGGGAUCACCCUACACUCAAACAUAACUUAUUUAGCGAUUAUGCCAUUAUGGGGCUCAUAUAAAAUGUAUUAGAAAGUAGAUCAUGAAUCUUAUAUUUACUUUAAGGGUCAAGUGUCUGAACAUAUUUGAGGAAUAUGGCUAAAAGAGGCUCAAAUUUGAUAUCUGUUUUAUGGUCAAGUGUUUCAGGGACGAACCAUCUCUUAAACUUCCCUUGAACCAAACAUAUAUACCGCUUAUAGCAAUAUGUAACUCAAAUGUCGUUUUUGGGAGUAGAUUAUGAGUCUGUUAUUCACUUUCGGGGCAAAGAGUUUGGCUACUCCAAUCCACCACCAAAACCAAUAGAAUGAAGUAGCUCUAAUAUCCUAACUUUAAUGGACGGACCCUCCAGACGCCAGAUCUCGGAGAUGGGUGGGGCUAUUUACACGAAACUUAGUUUGUUUUUAAUAAAUCUAAUAAACAGAAAUUUGGUAUACUUAUUUAAGGUAGGAUGCCUAGGGCGUUUGCCCCACCUCCAAAGCCCGCCAAACGCAAAUUUAAACCAAUAAUGGAUGAAGGCGCAGCGAAACGGGCCCUGUCCAGCUAGUAUCUUAUAAGAAUAAAAUUUCACUCAGAACAAAAUUAUGACUCGGUUAAGCCAUGUCCGUUAGUUUGUACGUGAAAAAAUUGCAAUUGUCAUUCGGUCAUCUACGAAUUGGGCAUGGACAUCACGCAGACGAGCUGAUGUAUACGCCUCAUUUGAAUGUCGAAUUCAUUCUGAAUUCUUAAUAUGUCGACUUUCUCACAAUCACAUCUUUCCAUCUCUCUCCUUUUAGCAUAAUAGACUUUUCUCCUCUCGUCUUUUCUCCUGAUUCAUCUCCUCCAUCUGCAGGGUUGCUCUGUAUGCCACAAUCUUGGCUUCAGCAGCAUAUGGACACUCCUGUUCGUAUCAUGUCUUACUUUGAAGGAGUGUUCUUGUGCCCAAGAACAGAUUUUGAGGCAAUUUUCCUAGAUUGGGCAAUGGUUUGCCACUGCGCCGUUAUGUUUUCGGAAAAAGGAGAGCUUUUAUCAAGCAUUUGGGUCACUCCAGUGGAGUAUGCAGUUGCCAUCUGUUGUAUUUGCAGCUUAUCGUCUCCCAGUUCCAGUGUAGGGCCAGAUCCUACUUUUCUCUUUACUCGCCACUUUCAAACGGGUGCGAACCUUUGUUACAAUGUGAUAAUGAUCCGAAUCUAUAUUAACUUCCCGGAUCGAUCGUAAAUCUCAAUUUGGUGUCCUUCUUGUUGAUAUAUUUUCUAAACAGACUCACCUAUACUGUGUUAGUCCAUUGUGAUCUACAAUAGCGACAGACCAACCCUCUAGUGGGAAUCAAACCCAUAACUUCAUCACUGAUAAUACGAGUAUGCUACCAAAUCGACUAACUUGGUGACCAAGGGGUCAACCAUUCGACUUUGUGAAUUUUUAUACCCUACACCGCUACUGUGGCACAAGGUAUUCUAACUUAGUGAAUUUGUUUGUAACACCAAAAAGUAUACCGAUCGACUCAGAAUCACUUUCUGAUUCGAUUUAGCUGUCCGUCUGUCCAUGAUAAUUUGUGUACAAAGUACAGGUAGCAAUUUUCAUCCGAUCGUCUUCAAAUUUGGUAUGGGCAUGUUUUUCGGCUUAGAGACGAUGCCUAUUGAAUUUGGAAAAUCGGUUCAGAUUUGGAUAUAGCUUCCAUAUAUAUGUUCGUCCGAUUUGCAGAAAUAAUGCAAUAAAAUGGUCAUUUGUUAACCGAUUCUCUCGAAAUUUGGCAGGAAGGAAUUUCUCACGACUCUCGAUAUUACUGGUGGAUUUCAUAGAAAUCUGUUCAGAUUUAGAUAUAGGUCUCAUAUAUAUAUCGCCCGAUUUUAACUCCUAGACAAGCGCAUUUAUUGACCAAUCUUUCCAAAAUUUUGUACAACGCUUUCCUCGACGACUUCCACAAUAUCCAUAUAGUUUGUUCGAAAUCGGUUUAGAUCGCAUGUAUAUAUGUUCGUCAGAUUUUGGAUAACUUGUUGUCAUUUGUCAACCGUAAUAAGAACAUUUUGAACGUAUUUGCUUCGCUCGAAAUUUGAUACAGGAAUUUUAAUAAUGUAUCUGGAUACAUCUGCCGAGGUUCAUCAAAAUUGGUUCAGAAUUAGAUGUAGCCCCCUUUUGUAGGUCGGCACCGCCCGACUUUUGCCUUUCCUUACUCGUUUAUGUUGAUAAUAAGGUAAUGAUCCGAAUCUAUAUUCGACCCUCGGAUCGAUCAUACAUCUAACACGCUUGUUUUGUGGCUAAUCUCUCAUUCACCAGAGUAUACCUGGAGACAAGGUGUUUCCGUUUACGACUAACCACAAAUCCAAAGACAAAUUCAUGCCUCGUGUAAUGGCAGCUAUAAGUCCGCAGCUGUAAUCCGCAUACUGUAACUUCUCUAUAAAAAGUCCGCACAUUCUGGUGCAGUUCAGCAGAUCAUAGUAAUUUUUUCGUUUGUAUGGGUCGUCAACUUGAGCAUAGUCAAUUUUUUGCUAUUUCUUUGUUUCUCUGCGUUUGGAUUUCCGGGGGCGGGUUACCGGUCAAGCGCCCAACCACAUUGUUUAUGUGGAAUCACACAUGUAUCCCUUGAUAUUGCUUGCCGUUUAUUAUCAAACUAGCGUUUAAGAUAAAAAUUCUUUAAAAUCAAGUAAAAAAUCUUUCUUCAAAAGAAUUGUUUACCUAAAAAAAAAUUAAAACAUGGAUAUCUUUAAAUUAAAUUCAGCAUUUUUUGUUCGAAUCUUUCAAGUUAGAACAUUUUUUUGAGUGUAUAUGAUCAAGGAAUUUUGUACAUGUCCCUAUUUGCAACUGUAGUUAAGGUGUAGGGCAUUACAUAGUCUGCAUCGCCCAAAUUUCUCUUUCCUUACUUCAUAGUUUAAAUUUCACCAUAAAACAAAAUCGAUAGAAACAGUUGACUUGUGUCUUUGUAAUAUUUUGUUGAGUUUUAAUUCGACAUCACUAACAAGCAUCCUAGCUCUUAUUUUAUAAACAUUUUGCAUACAAAAGCCAAUGAAACAAAAAUAUAACAAGUGGCGAGCUUUGAAAAUGCUACCAUCAGUUGUCACAAUAACCACUGCAGUCUCAUUAUCAGUCAUGGUGUCUCAGUAUUUUUCACAGUCAUGGUAAUUAAAUGUUCUCUCAAGCGAAAGCAAGAAUCAGAAUAAAAACGAACGUACACACUACCAACUCCAGCUAGGUACACAAAUACACACACACACAGAUAGACCCACACACAGAGACACACUAAUGAGUGCUGUGAGAAGUUUAAUGAAUGUUAAGUUUUAGUUUUAAUUAGAGACAUUGGAAGACAUCAUCAUUGUAAAUAGCAUUAUAGAGUAUUUAAAUUUAAGUUUUUCUUUUCUUUCAUUGUAUCAUUAAAAGAAAUAGUUUGUAAAAAAAACUCUUUAAUAUGUGUAAUUGUAUUUAGAGUAACUGAAAAAGCAGAAAAUGAAACCGAAAAAAAGGAAUUAUAAGAAAUUGAAAACAAUACGAAAAUCAACAAAAAUAACAACAAUAAUAUUGAUAGUAUUUAUAAUA